AUGGUGCCGAGCAGCCUGCUGGAUGGGGGUUCUCACAGCCUUCCAUCUGUGGCGGACACAGACGGCCAAGGUGUGGCUGGACACUGUGAGCACAUGGCUUGUCUGGAGCAGUGUUCAGUGACUGUGUUGCUGCUGCUGCUGCUGCUGCUGUUUCCACUGCCCGGGCCGGUGCUCCUCCAGCAGGCUCAGAGUCACACCCACCAGACGUACAACCACAAGGCCCUGCUGCUCUGCCCCCCACCAGCUCCCUUCUCCUGUGACACAGGCAGCCUCGCUUCACAGGGCAUUGGCGAGGUGUGCAGGGAGCACCAGGAGUGCCAGAGCCAGUGCUGCGUCACCAACAGCCUGAACCCCCAGAAGUUCUGCACCCCCCAGACCAUCUUCCUUCGCUGUGUACCCUGGAAAAAGCCCCUCAGGUACAGCUGCGUGGAGAACAGGGAGUGCCAGAGCUCUUGCUGCGCCUUGAGUGAGGAUGGGGUGCAUAAGGUGUGCACGGCCAAGACUGUCUUUCUACAGUGUGUGCCCUGGCGCAAGUCCAACAUGGAGUACUGCAGCCACCACGACGAAUGCUUGAGCAGGUGCUGCCUCAAGCUGAGGGAGCACAGCCACUACCGGUGCAUCCCGAGGAGAGGCCUCAUCGCCCAGUGCCUGCCCCUGUCGAUGCUGACCCUGGACACAGACAUCACAAACCAGGUCAGCAAUCUGUACUGGGACCUGCGGCACCUGGUCCUGCAUCACAGCGCCAGCCUCACCUCCUGCCCAGCUUGGCACCUUGGGCUCUCCUACAUCGUGGCUGUGUACCACAGCAUGAAGGAGGAGCUGCGGCGCAGUGCCCCGGGGAGCACCCCUGUGAAGAGGAGAGGGGCCAGCCAGUUCUCCCAGGAGACAGAGGCCACGGCCGGGUCUCUGCCUGGAAUGAUCACCUUCUCUCAGGACUACGUGGCAAAUGAGCUCACCCAGAACUUCUUCACCAUCACGCAGAAGAUUCAGAAGAAAGUUACGGGCUCACGGAACUCGACGGAGCCCUCAGAGAUGUUCCCGCAGCUCCCAGGUUCUCACCUGGUGCUCAACAACCCGGCCCUGGAGUUCACCAAGUACGUGUGCAAGUCUCAGCUCCGCUAG